GUGAAAACAUGGACAACCCAACAGAAUACUAUUUGGAAGCCUUAAUCAGCGAUGCUUUUAAAGGGAAAGGCUUCCAGAAAAUAACUGAAUUAUUUGAAGAUAAAAUAGUGUGCUCUUCCCAAAGAUACAGCAAGGUCCUCUUAAACCAGAUGGACAGACUCAUAAAUAAGGAAUUGGAUCGCAAUGAGUUCAAGCAUGUCUCAUUAUUAAUGAAGUGCAUCCAGUAUUUCUGCAAGAAUGAUUGCCAAGAAGGUUCAACACUGAUUCAGCAAGGACUGGUUGCAAAGAUGGUCUUAUGGUUUGAAAGAACAAUCGACUUUCUUAAUAUAUCUGGAAAAAAAGAUCCUUCCAUAUCUAUUCUUGUAGAAGAAUUUUAUGAUACAGCUCUGGUAAUUUGUAAGAGUAACUGUGAAGAUGGAAAAAAACAGUUGCUGGAUUCUUUUUUGUUUAGACUCGCCCUUGUUGUAACAGAAAAAUGGCCUCCUUGCCAUCUUCGUAUAGAGGCUCUGAGGACCUUAAACUGCGUAUUGGAUGGUACAUCACGGGAAGAGAAGAAAAGGCUCCAGGCUUCUGAGGAGAUGUGUGUGCUAACGCAAGAUUUAGCAAGAACAAUAUUAGAAGCUGGAGAUUAUGACAUCCAAGUUGCUAUUUCCGAAGCACUGUGCAGGCUGAUGGUGAAGAAGUGGCGGGAUAACCUUGCUCUACGGUGGUUUGGUGACAGUUUUCUUGCUGAUGCUUUCAAGGAAAUUAAGGAUAAAUAUUUUGAAACGGAUUGUAGAACAUUUUUGAAUAGCUUGAACAAAAGACUUCAAGACAAGAGUGGGGUGUUCACAUUUCCCUGUAUUACUGCUUUUGCCGACUUGGAUGAGUUAGCAAAACCUCAGGAUGAAAAACUAGAACAAUUCUGGAUUGAUUUCAAUGUUGGAAGUCAAUGUGUUUCUUUUUAUAUAAAUAACAUGGAGGGAUCUCUUUGGGAUUCUGUCCGAUUAACGAGCGAUGCUCUUACCAAGUACACCCUCCAAGAAAUUGAUGGCCAACAAGUUUUAAAUAUAUACCUGAAGAAUCCUCUAAAGAUCAACAACAAGGAUGUAACAAAAGUGAAGAUCUAUUUCAAACCAGAGCAUGAUAUUAAGAGCGCAGUUCGUAGGGUAUUUAAUGAACAAGGAGAAGUGGUUUGCAGUCCACCCGCAAAAGAAAAGCAAGAUGUGAACCCAGCAAAUGAGAAUACUAGUAAAUUGUUUAAGGGUGUAAGAACAAAGAGUACAACUUUUGAGCAGUGGAAGACAGAUCAAGAAAAUGCUGAAAGAACAGAGUCUUUAUCCGACAUUCUCUUUUCCCAGACUAGUGGACAUUCUUCAACAACUAAAGCCAGUUCUGGAGCAGUGACUGUUGAAAAUAUUCUAACUGAUUCACAUGAGACCUUCAUAGAGUCUGUUCCGCUUCAAGCGGUUAUCCCCUUUGCUGAAGAGCAAGCUCCUACAUCAGAGGCCCUGGAGGAUAGCAGAAAUUUAAUCUUAGAUGAUUCUGCAGAUGUUUUGGAGGUUCCCACAAAGGACUCUGAGCCACAUUCACGACCGAUGAAAGAGGACAUCCUAGAUGAGCAGACAACCAAAAAGAAAGCUGAAGAUUGUUAUGAAUUACGGUGUUCUUCUGACUCCCUUUUUUGUGAUGAGGUGUCUGGAGCCAAGGAGAGAGUUUUAGUCCAGAAAGGCUCCGCAAAUAGAACACAAGUUUCCCAGGGCACUCCUGAUAUGAAACAGGUAACUAGUAAUUGCAAAAGUCACCUUUUCUCUGAAACCAAUGGAGGAUCUAGUAACCGUCAGAGUGAAAAGAGUUGGGUCCUUAAUUUUAAGAAUAAGUCUUUAACAAAGUCUGCGGACUACAGUCGUAAAAAGAAAAGGAGUAGAGGUAAACUCAAAGUUUUGCCCCUAUCCUCAGAAAGUAGUGAUGAUGAGAAGAAACCAAAAAAAAGAACGAGCAUGGAUAGAUUUACUUUUCUUAAAAAGAGGCCAAGAGCAGACCGGGGCAAAGCAAAGAGUCUGUCUUCUGAAUUAAAACUACCUGGCGUUUCUGGUUUGCUUACUCCAGGAGACUCCCACCUACAGACCUUUCACCUGUCUGAUUUGGGCGAGGAUGAUAGAAUGGAUCCGCUGGCAGAAACCUCCUCGCCUCAUAGCCCUAACCGCAUGGAAAUUCCUGCAAAGCCUUAUUUAAGGAGUCCCUAUAGUGCUUGUGUCACUGAAGAGGCCAAAGAACCUGCAGGUGGCUCUGAGAACCUUAAGAGGAAAAGGUUAAAUCGUGAAACAAAAGAGGGCAGUGAAGAGUUUGUUUUGAAGCCAAGAAAGCUUUUCAGCUCAGCUCGAGAUUCAGCAGAUCUAGAUGAUGAUGUUUUUGCCUCUGAGACUCCUGAAAAGGAGCUUGGUGAAGCCAGUGUCAUUACAGCAUUUGAGAUCUUUACCAAGGAUCUUAAGAAUAAGUUUAUGUCUAGGUACAAACAAAUGGAGGCCCGUGCUCAGAAUUCAUUGAAAACUUCUCAUCACCAGGUGUCUACCUUAUUACAGCAAAUCCAUAAAUGCAGAUUGCACAAAUUGAAUCAUUUUCAUAAAAUAGUUGUCCGUGAACUUUCCUGCCUUGAGAGUGAAGCACAGGCUUUGAAAGGGCUGGAAAAGGAUACACUGGAGUUCUGGGAGCAUCAGUCUGUAAAAAUGAACAUGUUCUGUGAAAAUCAAAAACAAAGGAUUAAAACCAUUGAUUCGGCAUUUGAGGAAACCGUAAGCAAACUGACAAGUGCUCUUCAGAAAACUGGAAAGGAUGAACAGCUGGUCACUAAAAUAGAAGAUAUGUCCAUAAAGAUGAAAUGAAUAGUUGAAAGGUCUUCUAUGUUUUUGUUUAAUUACUUAUUUUUCCCCAAAAG